AUGGGCUCCUGUUGUUCAUGCUAUUGGGGUGUGAGAUAUGAAGGGUACUUUGUGGAUGAGGAGGUGAAUCCGGUGGAGGUAGGCGGCGGCAGCACGGUGGACAACGUCCACAAUGUUAUCACCAUCGGAGAUUGUGGGGCUCGUGUGAGGUUACGAGGAUCUACAAAGCUUUCAUCCAUGUAUUCUCAACAAGGAAGAAAGGGGAUCAAUCAAGAUGCAAUGACUGUUUGGGAAAACUUUGGUGGAGAAAGAGAUGUUGUCUACUGUGGCAUCUUCGAUGGGCAUGGUCCUUCGGGUCACAAGGUAGCACAUUUUGUACGCGAUACCUUGCCAUCAAAACUCUCAUGGGUGUUUAGAGAUUCACAAAUCAAGAAAAAGAAUUUGAAGGGUUCCCGCCAAGGCCAUGGCUAUGACCACGAUCAAGUUUUGACUACAUGGAAAGCUAGGAUUAUUGAAUCCUUCAAGGAGACGGAUGAACGUCUUGAUGAAAAUGCGAGCAUAGAUAGCUACUCCAGUGGUUCAACGACUGUGUCAUUACUUAAACAGGGUGACAACUUGAUAAUCGCAAACUUAGGCGAUUCUCGAGCGGUUCUUGGCACAAAAAGUAAAGAAGAUGUACUACAGCCGGUUCAACUCACAGUCGACUUGAAACCACAGUUAUCAAGUGAAUUAGAACGAAUAAAAAGGUGUCGUGGGAGAGUACAGGCAAUGGACCAUGAACGAAACGUAUACAGGGUAUGGAUGCCUGAUGAAGAUCGUCCUGGACUUGCAAUGUCGAGGUCUUUCGGAGAUUUCUGCUUGAAAAAUUACGGGCUCAUCUCUGUUCCUGAAAUUUAUCAUCGCAAACUCACCGAAGAAGAUGAAUUCGUAGUCUUAGCAACAGAUGGGAUAUGGGAUGUGCUAACCAACAUUGAGGUGGUAAGACUUGUUGCAUCGGUGCGAAGAAGAACCAUGGCGGCUCGAAUACUGGUUGCUCGAGCGGUUGAAACAUGGAGGUACAAAUACCCUGUGGCCAAAACCGAUGAUUGUACAGUUGUUAUCUUGUAUUUCAAGAAACCACCAUUAUUUACAAUAUCUGACUUGGAAAAGAGACAAUCCAGUUUGAAGAACCCAGAGCUCGAAAACAUGAUCAUGCCGAGUACAACCGAUGAUGAUGGCCUUGACACUGUACUAAAUUGUGAUGUUAAAGAAGAAGAAAACCAUGAGUAG